AGUGCGGAAAACGUAUUGCCCACAGCAAUGGAACUGUUGUCGUUCGAGAAUCCCUAUCGGCUUGCCGAUGAACAGAAUAUAUUGGAAAUGCUACAGGUGGCCACCGAAAUCGACCAUACUUUCACCUACGCCGAGAGGAACAGCGAAUUUUGUUUCGAACCAAAUGAUCCGACGCUGAAGGGACGAAGCAUCGUAUUUGCUGACAUAGGUCCACUGAUUACAGUUACGGAAAGAUAUAACGGCAUCGAUCAAAGUCGUGAAGAGUGGAUCAAGACGGAUUGGAACCAGUUUCUGUGGGCUAUCCGAGGUAAAUGUACGUUUGUCGGCUGUUUCAAUAAUUUACAGAAUAAUAUGCUUUUUUAG